AAUAAACAACCGCGCGCGAAACUGGUUUGGGCGAGCAGAGUGUAAUCGAUGGUUCAAUUCCACGAGCACAUAAUCACAGAGCUUCUAGAAGAUUCUAAUGGCGGUCUCGUGGUGCUUUCUUCGGGUCUCUCUCUGUCGAAGCUUGUUUCUUCGCUUCUCCUUCUACACUCUUCUUCUCAGGGCACUCUUCUCCUCCUUCCUCCAUCCACUUCCCUCAAAUCCAGAAUCAUUUUCGACCUCAAAACCCUAAACCCCCAAUUCAACCAAAUUCCUGCCGAAAUCACCGCCGAUCUCCCCGCUCACCACCGCCACGCUCUCUACUCUUCUGGCAACAUCUUCUUCAUCACGCCGCGGAUCCUGAUCGUCGAUCUCUUAACUAACAAGCUUCCAACCUCCAAAAUCUCGGGACUCGUUUUGCUCAACGCGCACUCGCUCUCCGAGACCUCCACCGAAGCGUUCAUAGUUAGGAUUUUCCGGUCACUCAACCGUGACGCUUAUGUUCGGGCGUUUUCCGACAAACCGCACGCGAUGGUGUCGGGGUUCGCGAAGGCGGAGCGAGCGAUGAAGUGUCUGCACGUGCGGAAGCUGCACCUGUGGCCGAGGUUUCAGGUGUACGUUUCGGAGGAACUGGAGAAGGAUCCGCCGGAGGUGGUGGAUGUAAGGGUGCCAAUGACGAAGUACAUGGUGGGGAUUCAGAAAGCGAUUGUUGAGGUAAUGGAUGCGUGCUUGAAGGAGAUGAGGAAGACCAACAAGGUUGACGUGGAGGAUUUGACGGUGGAGAACGGGUUGUUCAAGUCCUUUGAUGAGAUUGUGAGGAGACAGUUAGAUCCAAUUUGGCAUACUUUGGGGAAAAAGACUAAGCAGCUCGUCUCAGAUCUUAAGACCCUGAGGAAAUUGUUGGAUUAUCUAGUCAGGUAUGAUGCAGUGACUUAUUUGAAAUAUUUGGAUACCCUGAGAGUGUCAGAGAGUUUUCGAUCUGUUUGGAUAUUUGCGGAGGCAAGCUAUAAGAUAUUUGACUUAGCAAAGAAACGAGUUUUUCAUCUUGCAAGGUCGGAUGGUGUGAAAUUUGAUGGGUCUAGUAAGGGUGUCAAAAACAAACAGAGAAAGGUCAAGGGUGAUGACAAAGACAUUGAAGAAGCAUUUGGUGGUACUUCAUCGACUGGUUCAAAUGCUGGCUCAGUUUUGGAGGAAGUCUUGGAAGAAGCACCAAAGUGGAAGGUCUUACGUGAGGUUCUCGAGGAGGUAGAAGAGGAAAGACAAAAGCAAGGUGGGUUGAGAGAAGAAGCAUUGGCUGAAGGUGAAGACACCAAUAAUGGCAUUGUAUUAGUGGCAUGUAAAGAUGAAAGGUCAUGCUUGCAGCUGGAAGAAUGCAUCACCAACAGUCCAAAAAAGGUCAUGCAUGAAGAAUGGAAAAAGUACUUACUGAACAAAGUACAGCUGCGUGACAUUGCACACAAGAAUAAGAAUAAGAAUAAGAAUAAGAAGCCCAAGGAUCCCAAAGGUUUUGGGAUUCUUGAUGGAGUUACUCCCAUAACACCUGCUCAGAAUGCAGAAACCACCAGCAUUAGUAAGCAGGAGCACGAUGCACUUUUGGCAGCAGCAUCGGAGCUAAGAAAUCUUGCUGAAAAUGACCUUGUUGAGGAUAACCCUCAGUCUGAAUUUGGUGGAAGGGGUCAUGCAAAAAGAAAGAGAAAAGUGGGGGAUAGAACUAGCCCAGUCAUUGUUGAUGGCUCUAGAGUUCAGAACAAUAAUGAAGAGGAACCAACAAGUGAUAAAAUCAGGAUGUUUGAUUCCAAAAAUAAAGUUCAUGCAGAUGAGGCUAAUCCUGUCACUGCUGUUAGACUUUGUGAAGCUGUGCAGGGUGGGACAUCUGUGGACAACAUAGUUCUUCGAAGGCAUACUAACCUUGAUGCUGCAGUAAGAAAUGGGAAGCCAUUACCACCAGUACAUUUUUAUGCUCUAGAAAGUGAUCAGCCUAUACUGGAUAUAUUAAAGCCCUCUAUAAUCAUUGUUUACCAUCCAGACAUGGCUUUCGUUAGGGAAAUUGAAGUGUACAAAGCUGAGAAUCCCUCCAAAAGGUUGAAAGUAUAUUUUCUUUUCUAUGAAGAUUCAACUGAGGUUCAGAAGUUCAAGGCUAGUAUUAGUAGAGAGAAUGGAGCAUUUGAAUCUUUGAUUAGGCAAAAAUCUAUGAUGAUGAUUCCAGUUGACCAGAGUUCAAAUUUAGUGUUAGAUUCAAUUACUCCUCAUAAUUCCAUAACCAGAAAGGCAGGGGGGAGAAAGGAGGUUGAUAAAGAAAUGCAGGUCAUUGUGGACAUGCGGGAGUUCAUGAGCAGCCUUCCGAAUGUUCUUCAUCAGAAGGGAAUGCGCAUCAUUCCUGUGACCCUAGAAGUUGGUGACUAUAUUCUAUCACCAUUAAUUUGUGUGGAAAGGAAAAGUAUUCAAGAUCUCUUUAUGAGCUUCACAUCAGGUCGACUAUAUCACCAGGUGGAGACAAUGGUGCGGUAUUACAGGAUACCUGUCCUCUUGAUUGAGUUUUCACAGGACAAGAGCUUUUCAUUCCAGUCUGCUAGUGAUAUUGGGGAUGAUGUGACACCAAAAAGCAUUAUAUCAAAGUUGUCAUUGCUUGCUCUACACUUUCCUCGGCUAAGAAUAAUCUGGUCUCGAAGUUUGCAUGCUACUGCUGAGAUAUUUGCUUCGCUGAAGGCAAAUCAAGACGAGCCUGAUGAAACGAAAGCAAUCAGAGUGGGUGUCCCCUCGGAAGAUGGAAUCGUGGAAAAUGACGUGAGGGCUGAAAAUUACAACACAUCGGCUGUGGAGUUCCUAAGACGACUUCCAGGUGUAACAGAUUCAAACUACAGGGCCAUAAUGGAUGGGUGCAAGAGCUUGGCAGAACUUGCACUUCUUCCUGUAGAGAAGCUUGCGGAAUUAAUGGGUGGUCAUAAAGCUGCUCGAACUCUCAGAGAUUUUCUAGAUGCUAAAUAUCCAACUUUGUUGUGAGGUCAAUUUUGACAACUCAUUUGUAUAAGAGGUACUGACAAUUUAUUCUUCUAUCUUUUCGAUUCUACUUCAGUGGGUUAUGAGGGUAGUCCGUUGGUGGAAAUUAGAAAACAGACCAUUGAGUUACUAUUUAACAUUCUCACUCGUGGUUCAUUCUGUUGUAAUUUUUCAAUAUUGUAUUAUCUCAUUAUUUUUAUUUUAUAAAAUGUGUAUUCUCG